AUGAAAUCGAUUUCUGGGUUAUGGUCCGUGCAGUGGAAGAAGACCAAGGCGGUGAAUCUAGGCAGAACUUCCAAUACAAUCCAGGCUGAAGCUGGUCUGCGCGUCGUGAGGGAGGUACUCUUGGGCAUAACUGGAAAGGACUUCACCAUCAUCGCGGCCUCGAAGGCGGCGAUGCGCGGAGCGACGAUCCUCAAGGCAGAGGAUGACAAGACUCGGCAACUGAACAAGAGCACGCUUAUGGCGUACUCUGGAGAGCCAGGCGACACAGUCCAAUUCGCCGAAUACAUCCAGGCGAAUGCCCAACUGUACUCGAUGAGGAACGAGACCGAUCUUUCUCCCUCCGCCCUCGCCCACUUCGUCCGCGGAGAGCUGGCCUCGAGCUUGAGGUCGCGCAAGCCCUACCACGUCAACCUCCUUCUCGGCGGUGUCGAUCCCAUCACCCACAAGCCCAGCCUGUACUGGCUCGACUACCUUGCGGCGCUUGCCCCCGUGCCAUAUGCGGCCCACGGAUAUGCGCAAUACUACUGUCUUUCAAUCCUCGACAAGCACCAUCAUCCUGAUAUCACCCUUGGCCAAGGUAUCAAAAUCCUCAACAUGUGUGCGGAUGAGCUGAAAAGACGGUUACCCAUCGAUUUCAAGGGCUUGUUGGUCAAGGCCGUGACCAAGGAUGGCAUCCGGGAUAUCGAGUUCGACGAUGACAAGGUGGUAAAGAGCGCGUAA